AUGGCUCGACAAAUUACCAUUGAAGAAGUUAAGAAACACAAACGCAAAAAUAGUGUUUGGAUGAUAAUUCACGACGAUGUUUAUGAUGUGACCAGUUUUUUACACGAACAUCCAGGAGGUGAAGAAUCACUGUUAGACUUUGCCGGCAAGGAUGGGUCCCAAGCAUUUGAAGAUGUACAUCACAGUGAAGAUGCUAGUCGCAGCUACAAAUGGGUGUUUUUAGCGCUGGCCGGAGCUAUCGCGCUAGGAGUUGUGUGGAAGAAAUAUAUAUCAAAAUAA